UUGCUAACUGUAAAACCCUAAAACCUUACGGCCGCUCCAGAGCUCCGGCUAAGUCAUCAGAGGGCCUGCUCUCUAUCUUCUCUCUCUCUGGCUUCAAUCCCGCUUCUCUCUCUUCACCUGCAACCAAAUGCGCAGGUGAAAGCCACAAAGAAGCAGAGGAUGACGUCCAUGGCGAUCUCUCACAGUCUGAAACGGAGCUCUGUAAGAGCCCUAGCGAAGACCACCUCACAAACCCGCAGCACCAUUCGCUUCCUCUCUUCUUCUUCAUCAUCAUCUCCUCCUCCUUCUCCACCUCCCCCUUCAAAUGAAGAUAAAAGCACAGAGACUCCAUCUUUCCCUUCCUUCAAAGACCUGCAAGCCUCAAGGCAAUCCUCUUCUUCUUCUCCUUCUCCCUCUCGUUUUCAAGAUGUCAAAGCUAGUUUACGCCAACCCUCACCUCCUCGCCGCCUCAAUACUCCAAAUUCCCCUCCUUUCUCUAGACAAGCACCCUCAUUUCUCUUUCCAAAGCCCUCAAAGCUUGCCUCUCUCGAAGAAAUCAGGAAAAAUCUCUCUGAGUUUCGACGAAAAUCAGCAGCUCCUUCUCAGCCCGCUUCUGAUAAACCUCAAGAAAUCUCUUUCCAAGAGCUCUAUAAUAGCAGAAUCAUGGAACGCAAUCAAGAAAACAUUGAUUCCAAGCCCCCCACUAACCUAUCUUUCAAUGCCAUUAGAGAGAGCUUGCGCCAGCUUAGAGCCAGUGGAACCCAUUCAACAGCUAAGGAGAGGGCCUCUAACGCAGGGAGUGAUAUCUUGAAGUCUCUCUCUCUAAAGCAAUUCAAAGAUAGCCUGAAUCUUCAGCCUGGUGACCCACCUUCACAGCCAUUACCAAGCUCGAUGUUUGCGAAAGAGAUGGUGAGUGAUUCUGGGUCGCUGAAGACUGAGUUUGUGAAGGUGUAUAGUUAUUCAGAGUUGGGUGAGAAGUUAAGGAAGCUGAGGCCUGAUGAGGUUGAGGGGAAAAACUGGUUUUCGCUCGAGGAAUUGAAUGAGAGGCUUAAGAAGUUGAGAGAGAUCGAGGAGAAAGAGAAUGAAGCAAGAGUUGGCGGAGUCUCCUUCAAGGAUUUGAGGGAGAGCCUGGUUCAGUUGAAGAUUUCAUCUGAUGCUGCUUCCAAGAAAUCUUCAAUGCAGAGACUGGCGAUGUUAGGUCAAUUGGGCGGGCAAGUGACCCCAAGCUUCAUGCUUUCACCUCCAAAAGAUGAGCUGAUUGAAAAGUAUUUCCAUCCAGAUAACAUGUCUUCAGCAGAAAAAAUGAAACUGGAGUUGGCAAGGGUACGAGAUGAAUUCAAGAUGUCAGAAUCAGAUUGUGGCUCCUCACGUGUUCAAGUAGCGCAACUUACAACGAAAAUCAAGCAUCUAUCAUCAGUUUUGCAUAAAAAGGAUAAGCAUUCUCGGAAGGGUCUUCUAGCUAUGGUCCAAAGGCGGAAAAAGUUGCUCAAGUAUCUACGAAGAACUGAUUGGGAAUCUUAUUGCUUUUGUCUUUCAAAUCUUGGACUUCGAGACACUCCAGGCUAUAAGAUUUAGAGGUUAGUCUCAUGUGAUCCGCUUUUUGGAUAAUUGUGUUGCCAACAAUUUGUCCCCAUCUUAGGAUCUUUGGAAUUCCUUAAACUGGUGGCUAAUUUCUCCUUUAUUUAUCUCUUAACCUAAAUCUAUCUGCCCCUGAAGUGAAAAGAAUGUCCACCCUGUCAUUACGAUUUAUUUGGUCGUAGGUGAGCUUUCUUUUGUCUAUCUCCGAGCUGAAGAUCUCAAGUACUCUGAAAUGUUUCACUCCUUGUUCUUCCUUUGGUUUUUCUUUUUUAUUUCUUUUGUACUAUGAAGAGCAAUAAAAGGACAAUAAGUGUUGUGGUAGACCACCUUGACAGAUGUUUUCUGGAUAUAUUCUGUUGGUUAGACUGUAAAAUUGAUGGACAAUGCGAGAAGGUUUUUGCAUGAAGCUUCCGAACAAUUGAUGUUUUUUUUUUUUAAUAUAUAUUUGACGUCCUGUAAAUGUUAUUGGAAUCUAGUGAAAUUCUAUUGCAAUUUA